AAAAAAUAUUCAUACUUAUCAUUUGAUGUUAACUCAAUAACCUCCUGAAACUGAGAGACCACCAUUUCUAAAACUAACACAGGCUACCCAGCCUCCUAUCGUUCUGCUAACUGGCUUUUUGUCUGUACCGUUGAUGAAGGUUGUGUUCUCAUGCGCCUUUUGAACCUUCCGAUUUUUCUCGUCUUGGGGUCGCUGUCUGGUCAGAAAAAUUCACUGAACACUGUUUUUUCUAAUAUCGGCAGAAGGAUGUCGUCAGAAGUAGAAAAAGCCAGGACUUCUGUGCGUACUCAAGGACCUACAAUUUUUUCAAAAAUUAUUAACAAAGAAAUCCCAGCUGAUAUAAUUUAUGAAGAUGAUGAUUGUCUUGCUUUUAGAGAUAUCAGUCCUCAAGCGCCAACACAUUUCCUAGUUAUUCCGAAAAAACAAAUUCCGACACUUGAUUCAGCGAGUUCAGAACACGAAAAGCUAUUAGGUCACUUAAUGCUUGUAUGCAGUCAAGUUGCUCAAAAAGAAGGAUUAGCUUCUGGUUAUCGUGUUGUUGUGAAUAACGGUCCUGAUGGUGCACAAUCUGUAUAUCACUUACAUCUUCAUGUCCUUGGAGGUCGACAAAUGCAAUGGCCACCUGGUUAGAUCGCUAUGGAAUAUAUUGUUUAUUACCAGUGGAAUUAAAUACAUUUUGACUUCCUAU